AUGGAUCACCGCCCACAAGCCUGGGGCCGCCCCCGCGACGACGUCUACGGCGCCUACGACCACAGCUACCUCAACAACUCGGCCCCCAAGACCCACACGCAGUCGCCCGCCGUGACGGGGACCUCGGUGCUGGGCCUCAAGUUCAAGGACGGCGUCGUGCUGGCCGCCGACAACCUCGCGUCGUACGGCUCGCUGGCGCGCUUCAGCGACAUCAAGCGGCUGCGGCCCUUCGCCGGCACCUCGGUCGUCGGCUUCUCGGGCGACGUCAGCGACAUGCAGUUCCUGGACCGGCACCUGGGCGAGCUGGAGAUCGACGAGGCCUACGGCGGCAGCAACGCCACCACGGCGGGCGACGCCGCCCCGGGCGCCGACCCUGCCACCGACGAGGGCCACCCGCUCUCGGGCCUGUCGGCCGAGAACCUGCACAAGUACCUCGCCAAGCUCUUCUACCACCGCCGCAACAAGUUCGACCCCCUGUGGAACCAGGUCCUCGUCGCGGGCUUCAGCAGCGCCACCGGCAAGCCCUUCCUGGCCGCCGCCGACCUGCGCGGCACGGUGUUCUCGAGCCCCUCGCUCGCCACGGGCUUCGGCUCCAUGCUCGCCCAGCCCAUCAUGCGCAAGCACGCCGCCACCGAGGAGGACGCCGCCAAGCUCACCCGCGAGCAGGCCGUCCAGAUCAUCCGCGACUGCAUGAAGGUCCUGUACUACCGCGACGCCCGCUCCUGGGACGGCUACUCGCUCGCCGUCGUCACGCGCGACGGCGUCGACGUCAGCUACGACGAGAAGCUCGAGGACCAGAGCUGGGCCUUUGCCGACAGGAUCAAGGGGUACGGCACGCAGGAUGUGUAG